AUGAAUGAUUCAACUUCAAAUCAGUUGAAUGAGAACAAUUUGGAUUAUUCUUCUGAAACGAAUCAUGCUGAUGAGACCAGGUGUGUUGUGGAUGAAAAAUUUGUCCCAAAGGUGGGGAUGAUUUUCAAGACAUUAGAAGAAGCUGGAAAGUUCUAUAAACAUUAUUCCAAACUUGCUGGUUUUUCUACAAAAAUAAGGAACACGACUCAGAAGGGAGACAAGGUUAAGAAUCAACUAAUCGUAUGCAGUAGAGAGGAGAUGUGGAAAUCCAAGAUAUCUCUAACUUUGAAAACAAACCCCUCAGCCGGGUUAAACUAUCCAACUAGGAUCUAUGUACACAUAAUGAAGGACGUUGGUCUUUGGACAAUUUUCAAAGUUGUUUUAAAUCACUCACAUCCCUGCUAUCCAGACCGGGCAGAGAUGCUCAGACAACACAGGGAGCUAAGCAUGUUUGUGCGUUGCACCAUCGAAACCAAUGAGAAAGCCGAAAUCAGACCGAGCAAAACUUACCAAUCCAUUGUAGCAGCAGUCGACAGCCACCAUGAACUAAGUUUUAUAGAAAAAGCUGUGAGGAAUUACAUCACAAGGGAAGUAAGGAAUGUUUCCAAACAAGAGGAUGCCAAAGAAUUCAGGAAGUACCUACUAAGAAUGAAAGAGAAGAACCAAAAUUUCUUUUUCGAGCUCAACCUCAAAGGUUCUUUUGUAGGCGUGAAUCACCACGGUCAGUCGACACUUCUCGGAUGUACACUGAUGAAAAAUGAGGACAUCCAAUCAUUCAAAUGGCUAUUCGAGUGUUGGCUCUAUUGCAUGGGAGAGAAGGCACCAAAAGGCAUUCUUACCAACCAAUGUGUAUCGAUGCAAAGGGCAAUUGAGAUUUGCAUGCCAACAACAUGUCGUUUGGAAUUCAUACACGAGAGACUCAUUCGACAGAAACUGGAACGAUUUCCUCACAAAGUACGGCCUCGGAGGCAACAAGUGGCUCUUAGAGCUGUACAAGGAUCGGCAUAUAUGGAUUCCAGUUUACCUGGAAGACGAUUCUGGGGUAGGAUGAGAAGCACACAAAAGAGUGAGAGCAUGCAAGCAUUUUUCAACAAGUUUAUCACAUGCAACAGCUCCCUGAGACAAUUUGUGAAACAAUACGACAAUUGCCUAGCAAGCAGAGAGCAAAGAGAGAGAGAAUUUGAUGCUGCAGAUUUUCACACCGUGAUACUGUACGCUACAAAAUCAGCAAUAGAGGCCCAGUUUCAGCACAUGUAUACCCAUGAGAAGUUCAGGGAAGUUCAAGCACAAUUCAGAGUUGAACCUUUUAGACGGCAGAUCAAACAUUCAGUCAAGCUACAACCUUUACAAUGCACUGGAUAUGAAUUAUCCCAGACAUGA